AGUAGGGAGGGAGAGACCGAGGGGAGGGGUGGAGAAAUAGUAAGCAGGGAGGGAAAGUGAGAGAGGGAGAGAGAGAAUCAAAGGAUAUAUCCUUACUACAUAAUGAUUUGGACUCACAAGCCCUUCCUGUGACAUGGAGUGUAGAAGCCAGGAUUACAACGGGACAGAGUAAAGAGGCUGCAGGCAACACAGGGGGAAGGAGGGACACAGGUGCAAGAAGAGGAAGGGGCAUACGGGAACAACAAGUGCAUUGAACACGGCCACUAAAGGUUUCAGGGAUCCAUGCAACAGCCUGCAUCAAGAGCGAUUUGGAACCUCACCGGCUGACCUGCUGCUGCUGUCCUCUGCCUGGGCCAUCUGUCUGUGGGCGUUGGACCUAGCAGACCCAAGCCCAGCAUCUGGACAGCACUGUGUCUUACUUAAUGGAGGGGCCAGCGUGCUGCUGGAGAGCACGGGGAGCAACCGGAGGCUCAGGUUAUCCUGCAGACGUGAAUUCGAUGAGAAAUUGACAUAUAGUCGAUGAGUGUGUCGUCAAAAAGAUGGAGUACAUCUGUUUAUUUCAACUGGGCGAGACAGCAGUGGACAGUGAGAGAAGGAAGAGGGCGUCGGGCGCAGAGUCUUGACUGUCGGAAGACGUGAAGAAUUUCACUGAAUCGACCACUUGUUUUCGGUGUUUUUUUUAUGGCUCUAACUCUGCGUUAUUGGGCCACUUCUGAGAUAUUUUCUCUUGGCCAGGAAGUGGAUACAGAUUAGAUGUGUUAUCAGAGGUGAGAGGCUGCUGAAGACCAGCCAAGACACAGAAAUUACACACACACACACACACACACACACACACACACACACACACACACACACACACACACACACACACACACACACACACACACACACACACACACACACACACACACACACACACACACCUAUUUGGUAUGCUUCAUAAUAAUGAGUACAUAUAUACACUCUCUGCCCUAUUGAGCACAAACAUACUCACAUACACACAUACAGACACAGCACAUCUCGCACAACGCUUGGGGACUUGUUACCAUAACAAACCUCUCUGGGGUUAGCUGUUCCAACUUCUAUCCUCACGCCUUACACUGGAAAUUAGCCUGUCACUACGGCCGUGGACUGCUUCAGUCUGUUUAUUAGUUGUUCCUUCUUUCCUCUGGUACCUGCUUUCUUCAAUCACCCUCUAUCACUUUAUCCAUCCCCCCCACCUCCCUUACCAGCAAGAGAUAAUGUGACCUUCUGCCAAAGUGCUGGAAACCAUGCCACGGUCGCAGCGGGCUCCUCUGUUGCUACUGAAAUAGACUCAAACAAGUGCCGAAAGGAAGGGAGCGGGGGAGUGAGGGAAGGGAGAAAAGAGAAGCAGGACAGCUGAAGCCACGGACACGGAAUGAGCCGGUGGGAGCCAGGGCUGGAUGCGGAUUGCCAACGCAGGCAGUAGGUGACUGAGAUGGGCGUUCGUCUAGGCCGCUUGAGCGACUCCCCGUGGUGGUGGCCGCUGCUGCUGCUGUUGCUGCUCUGCACUGCCCCCUGGUGCCAAGGUCGGCCUUUCGCAACGCCCUUGCCAGCAGUCAACGUGGCGGUGGUGUUCAGUGGCUCGGCCUACCAGCAGGAGAUCAAGGGGCGUCUCAGCAGGGAGAACUUUAUGGACCUGCCCUUGGAGGUGAAUCCCAUCACAGUGCUGGUAAACAACACCAACCCUCGGGCCCUGCUCACACGCAUCUGUGACACACUGGCGGCCAACCGCGUACAUGGUGUGGUGUUUGAAGACAACAUCGGCUCGGAAGCCGUGGCACAGAUCCUGGACUUCAUUGCCCUGCAGACGGCCGUGCCCAUCGUCGGCAUCAGCGGGGGCUCCGCCAUGGUCCUGCCACACAAGGGCGACGGCUCCACGUUCCUCCAGCUGGGCUCCUCCAUCGAGCAGCAGAUUAACGGCAUGUUCAAGGUGAUGGAGGAGUACAACUGGGACAGCUUUGUGGUCAUCACCAGCCUGUACCCGGGCUACGAGGUCUACGUGGACUAUGUCAAGACCUUCACUGACACCAGCUACUUCAUGUGGGAACUGCAGGACGUGCUGACCUUCGACAUGUCUGCCGACGGCAUGAACGACAUCCGGGCACGGCGCCUGCUGCAGCAGAUUGACGCCCAGGUACUGCUGGUAUACUGCUCCCACGAGGAGGCCCAGUACCUGUUCAGUAUGGCCGGAGAGGCCGGCCUGCUGGGGCCUGGCUACAUCUGGAUCCUCCCCAGCCUUGCCGUGGGGAACCUAGACAUGCCCCCACCAAACAGCUUCCCUGUGGGCCUCAUCAGCAUCAUCACCGACCGCUGGCGGAUGAGCUUGAGGAAGAGGGUGCGGGAUGGGGUGGCCAUCGUGGUCAAAGGGGUGCAGAGCUUCCGCAAACAGAGGGGCUUCAUCCCCGAGGGCCACAACGACUGCCACAGCCCUGUUAGGGCAUCUUCUAAUGAUACACUGUUCAGGCACAUGUUAAACGUAACAUGGGAACACAACGACUUCUCGUUCAACCCUGGUGGGUAUCUGAUCAACCCAGCUAUGGUCAUCAUCACCUUAGAUCGAGAGAGACAGUGGGAUAAGGUGGGGAACUAUGAGAUGGGGAUCCUGCAGAUGAGAUACCCGGUGUGGCCUCGAUACGGCACCUAUCUGGAGCCCGUAUCAGAUAACAGACACUUGACUGUGGCCACACUGGAGGAACGUCCCUUUGUCAUAGUGGAGGCUGUCGACCCCAUGACUGGGACCUGUGUCAGCAACACCGUGCCCUGCCGCCGCCAGUCCAACAAGACAGAGACUAUUGUAGGUCAUACUGAGCCCUACACCAAACUGUGCUGUAAGGGUUUCUGCAUAGACAUCCUGAAGAAGCUGUCCCGCACCACCAAAUUCUCAUACGACCUCUACCUGGUCACCAACGGGAAGCACGGCAAGCUGGUCAGAGGCAGUUGGAACGGCAUGAUCGGAGAGGUGGUAUACAAGCGGGCAGACAUGGCCAUUGGCUCGCUGACCAUAAACGAAGAGCGCUCAGAAAUUAUCGACUUCUCCGUGCCGUUCGUGGAGACGGGGAUCAGUGUGAUGGUCGCCAGGAGCAAUGGGACCGUCUCUCCCUCUGCCUUUCUUGAGCCCUACAGUCCGGCGGUGUGGGUGAUGAUGUUUGUGAUGUGCUUAACGGUGGUAGCUGUCACAGUGUUUAUCUUUGAGUACUGCAGCCCUGUGGGGUACAACCGGAGUCUGGUGAGCGCCAAGGGUGAGUGUCAGCUCCGACCACCUUUCCCUCUACCUCUACCCUCCCGUAUCAGCAAAGGUAGAAAGUCACGGAAAAAUCCCGGAGGCCCCACCUUCACUAUUGGGAAGUCUGUAUGGCUGCUGUGGGGCAUCGUCUUCAACAACUCUGUUCCAAUUGAGAACCCCAAGGGCACCACCAGCAAGGUCAUGGUCCUGGUAUGGGCCUUCUUCGCUGUCAUCUUCCUGGCCUCCUACACUGCCAACCUGGCAGCCUUCAUGAUCCAGGAGCAAUACACUGACACAGUCUCUGGACUGAGUGACAAAAAGUUUCAGAAGCCACAGGAGCAGUAUCCACCAUUUCGUUUUGGUACGGUCCCAAAUGGAAGCACAGAGAGGAACAUCCGGAGCAACUACCCUGAGAUGCAUGCCCACAUGGUCAAAUACAACCAGAAGGGUGUGGAGGACGCCCUCAACAGCCUCAAAUCAGGGAAACUGGAUGCCUUCAUCUAUGACGCUGCUGUGCUGAACUACAUGGCAGGUAAAGACGAGGGCUGUAAGCUGGUGACCAUCGGCAGUGGGAAGGUCUUUGCCACCACUGGCUACGGCAUCGCCUUGCAGAAGGAGUCCCGAUGGAAACGUCCUAUAGACCUGGCCCUGCUCCAGUUCCUAGCUGAUGGUGACACACAGAAGCUGCAGACGGUGUGGCUCACAGGGAUCUGUCGUAACGAGAAGAAGGAAGUGAUGAGCAGUAAGCUGGACAUAGAUAACAUGGCGGGCGUCUUCUACAUGCUGCUGGUGGCCAUGGGGCUCAGUCUCCUGGUGUUCAGCUGGGAACAUCUGCUCUACUGGAAGCUGAGACACUCAGUACGCAAGUCUGAACGCCUCGACUUCCUGCUCGCCAUCAGCAGGGGAAUCUACAGCUGCUUCAACGGUGUGGAGGAAUCUGACCGCAACGGAAACCUGCAGAACCCUGACGUCACCACCAACUACACCCAGGCCAACAUGCUGAAGAUGCUGCAGACAGCCAAGGACAUCGUGACCUCGACCAGAGUGGAGAACUCCCUGGACAAUGCCACCAAGACCAUAGAGAACUGGAGCCGGCGAGGAGCCGACAAUGUGCGGGUUGGCCUGCCGCCUCGGGUGGCAACCACUAUAGACAUGGGCCACAGCCGCCUGCCCUACAUCUCCAGCAUCACGGACAACCACUCGCCCUACCCCCAGAGGGCGCUCGCUUCCACCUUCCCCAUCCACUACUCGGACAGCGCUACCCAGCCCCUGCUGGACAAAUCCAGGGUGGUGACGCGGCCUACCCCGCUUCGCUACACCCUACCGGCCCGUGGCAGCCACCACUUCUACGAGAGGACCCUACCCAUCUCCAGCCUCAGCAGCCCCCACAUCGCCAUGAGGGACCCUGCUCCCCCCAGCACCUCCAGUCACAACCCACACCCCCACCACAGCAGCAGGCUGUAUGUGGAGAGCCAGCCCCGGCACCCCACCUCCCCGUUUGUCCCCUACAGAGAGUUCCAGGUGCCUGACAUCUAUGUGGAACACCACAAGGGGCCCCUGGGACGGAAGUUCAGCUACCCCCCUGACCACAUGGGCAGGAAGAAGAGGUCCCACAGCUACGUGUUUUCUGAGGCCCAAGACACCAGGGGGAGGAACGACUAUGAUGAGCCAACCUCAUGUCUGGCUGAGCUGAGGGCCAACCACCUCCUGAACAACCACACCCCUUCUGCAUCAACCAUGGCCUGCAUGGGGGGCCACUACCCCAGUGGCAGCGCCAGCUGCAACUCCUGCAUGAAGCCCUACCUGGAGCCUGAAAUGGAGGAUGUGCCCUUGCUGGGGAAGGACAAGGUCAACCGCCGGGCCUCUUUUCUCAAGGCCACCUGGAGCAGUGACAGGAUCCGCCAACUGGGCGAGAAGCCCUCCACCUCCACUAUGCCUGACUUGUUCCCCCGCGUAGUGGUGGCCAACCCCAAGCCCCACAAACUGUACGGCAGCCAGGGGAACAACCUGUGCUACCCCCUGGCCGCUGAGCCUGCCUACCUAGACCCGGCCCAUAUGCGUUCCUACCCUUACAAGCAGCAGAAGCUCAAGUGCUCCCAGUCCACCCGGUUACCAUCCUACAGGGAGGCUAUCCUGCAGAACGCAGCCGCUUUGCGGCGCUCCUCCUCCACCGUGGUGCACAGACACUACUCCACCUACCUGAACUCCUACACAGACCUGCCUGUAUACGUGGGGCCGCUGCCCCAAGGGCCCGGGCAGUUCUACGACAAGGACAUGUGUCACUUGUUCCCCUGUGCAAGCCACUGCCCUAACAACAAUGCCCUGGUGCCCCGUAUGGGGGACCGACAGGUAGUGUACCAGAACAAUAUGUUUGGGGGCUACGAGGGCGCGGUGGGGCGGUCGCGGGAGGAGCCCCCCCUGCCCGGGUCUGGGAGCAGGGAUCGGAGGGAGGUCCUGGUGGCCAGAAGAGUCAACAGUCCCUAUGUGCCAAAGACCUGGGGCAGAGUAUCCAGUCUGGAGUCUGAGGUCUGAGCCCCUCCCCCUCCAUACCUUCAGGCUGAUGGACUAUCCCUCCCACUGGGGAGGGGAAAGCCUACCUGGGGCCUCCCCCUCAGCCUUUGGUUUAGGCAAAAAUGAAUGAAUUAGCUACCAAUAUGGAUGACUUGAGAGUGUUUACUCAGUGCAAUAAUAUCCUUGGCUGACGGAAGGAAGUAGAGGACAUUGAAAGGCUGUUAAUGCUGGGACAUUGUCAAGUAAACAUUAAGCGAUAAGAAAAGAAAAGACAAUGUUGAAUAGUAUUUAAUACCUUCAAAUUUAACCUGUUGAUUGUUAUUUAAAAUAUUUUUAAAUGCUGUUUUGCUGUGAGAGAGAGAGACCUGGAUGACAAUACACUGUAGCCGCUCACUCAGUUUAGACACACUUUACUUUUCUCUUCAAUCAUUUCGGUAUCCUUCCAUUUAAAUGUAGACACAUAUAAAAAGAGAAUAAUACUUUUGUUAUCAAACCACAGAAAUGUCUUCCACGACUU